AACCACUAGAAAGUGACAUAGAGGUGACUUUACAAAAGUAAUUCACAUUUUUAAGCUUAAUUUCGACUAUUUCAAAAUGUCCAACAAACUUUUGGUAAAGAACGCGAAACAGGUGGUUUUAAUUUGCAACAACGGUGAGAAGUUCCUGACGAAGGAUGGGAUGCAAAAGCUGUGUGUGAUUGAGAACAGUAGUUUGGUUAUCGGGAGCGACGGUCUGAUAAAGGAUAUUGGACCAGCGAGCACCAUUGAUUUCCAAUAUGCAGGGGUCUUGUUUGAUAAAGUCAUCGAUGCAACUGGCAUGUGUGUCAUUCCAGGAUUGGUUGAUGCACACACCCACCCUGUAUGGGCUGGAGACAGAGUGCAUGAAUUUGCCAUGAAGUUGGCUGGUGCCACCUACAUGGAUGUGCACCAUGCUGGAGGUGGGAUCCACUUCACAGUGGAGCACACCCGGGCUGCUCUUCCCUCCACCCUGCUGGCCUCUCUGACAGGCAGGCUGGGUCGGAUGCAGCGGGCAGGCACCACCCUGGUGGAGUGUAAGAGUGGCUACGGCCUGGAGCUGCAGACAGAGCUGAAGAUGCUGGAGGUCAUCGAGACGGCCAGACGUACCCUGCCAAUCAAUAUAUCGUCUACCUACUGUGGAGCACACGCCGUCCCUAACCGGUGGUGAUGCACCUGGCGUGUGUCAACAUGAGGAUGUCCAUGCCCGAAGCUCUGGCCGCCGCCACCAUCAAUGCAGCCUACGCCCUGGGCCGCUCUCACACGCACGGCUCCCUGGAGGUCAACAAACACGGCGACCUGCUGGUCCUCAACGCACCACGGUGGGAGCAUCUCAUCUACCAGUUAGGAGGACACCAGGAACUGAUCCGCUACGUUGUCAUCAGGGGCAACGUCGUCUACAACAACGACAAAACCAUGGACUUCUAACUCCAAAAUUGGUUUUGAAUAAUUGUUCUUCCCCCAGACAUAGUCUCACACGGCCCUUAGCCCCGUGGCCAGGGCUGUGUUUCCCUAUAAAUGGACACAGCUCACAGUCAAGGUUUUGUAAAUAGACAGUUAAUAUUAACCAGAUAUUCAAUGUCAGUGGGGUAUGUGGUAACAUUUCAGUAUGGGCUUUGAACCAUUGUUUCUCCAAUCUCCAAAUUACUGUAGAGUUGGGUAGGGUUCAUAUCCAGUAAGUGUUUGUUAAAAAUAACGUGAUUUAAAUGUCUUUCUUACCAUAAACAAAAGUCUCCAUUCUU